AUGCAUAUCACUCCUGCGAUUUCAGUUUUGCUUUUUGGUAUUCUGCCAGAAGUUAGCUCUGCCGCAGAUACCACGAACAACUGCUGCUCUGCAUUGGAAAAAGGCGGUCUUGCCAAUCGUGUCGUCUACCCCAACAGCGGUGCUUAUGAGAAGUCCGUUGGUUCAUAUUGGGCUGAGAAUGUGCAGCUCGAUCCCAUCUGUAUUGUGCAGCCGCGCUCUGCCCGUGAUGUUUCCCUCGCUGUGUCUACGCUUACCAGCAUCGAAAACGGGGCUUGCAAGUUCGCUGUCCGCAGUGGCGGUCAUACUACGUGGGCGGGGGCGAACGAUAUCAGCAAUGGGGUUACAAUUGACCUUCAGAUGAUGAACAGUACCACAUACAACAAGAAUAAUGGAACUGCUUCUAUUCUGCCCGGAGCUCGCUGGCAGUCUGUCUACAAGGCCCUUGUUCCUUACGAUGUGACCGUGCCAGGUGGUCGUGGUGGCCCUGUGGGCGUGGGUGGUUUUUUGAUUGGAGGCGGAAACACCUUUCACACAGCGCGCGUCGGAUUCGGUUGCGACAAUGUCGAAAACUUCGAGGUGGUCUUGGCCAGCGGAGAUAUCAUCAAUGCGAACAAGGGAAGCCAUGCAGAUCUCUACAAGGCUCUGAAGGGGGGAUCAAUCAACUACGGUGUUGUCACAAAGUAUGAAAUGAAGACAAUUCCAGGUGACAAGCUUUGGGGCGGUCUUGUCGUAUAUGCCAACAGCACUACCUCACAGCAACUUUCCGCCGCUCAUCACUUCAUCAACAACAUCCACAAAGACCACUACGCAUCAUGGAUUGGUAUGUGGGAGUAUUCAGCCCAGACUGACACAAACGUCAUUGCACAUGCUCUGGAAUACACGAAGCCGGUUGCGUACCCGAAAGCCUUGCAAAACUUCACUAGUAUUCCGAACACCACCGACACGAUGCGCUUUGCCAACAUGUACAACUUGACUCAAGAGCUAGUACAAGCAUCUGGCUAUCGUGAUGUUUUUACCACCGGUACCUUCGGCAACGAUCUCAAAGUCCUCGAACAAACUGUCAAGAUUCACAACAGUGUGAUCGAGAAAGCCAAGGCGGCCGCCAAGAGCAAAGACUGGACUGUUGAUACCAUCAUUCAGCCUUGGCCCACUCUGUUCGCUGAACAUAGUCAGAAGCGCGGUGGCAAUGUUCUCGGCCUUGAGCGAUUUGAUGAAAACCUUUUCCGUGAGUCUUAUAGCUCUUUCUUCUCACCUCUCUCUUCUUCUUCUGACACAAAGACAGAGGUUCUAUUUGAUUACUCGUGGAAAAAUGCAGCUGAUGACGACCUUUUCAACGAACUGGCUCGGUCUGCACUCAAGGAAUUGACAGCAUACUCAAAGUCAAUUGGGGCCGACAAUGAGUACAUCUACCUUAACUACGCAGACGGCAGCCAAAACCCACUUGCCGGCUAUGGUCCCAAGAACGUGGAGUACAUUCGCCGCAUCGCGAAAAAAUACGAUUCUGAGGGUGUGUUCCAGACCCAGGUGCCUGGUGGAUUCAAGAUCAGUGAGGUUUGUGAGUGA